UAUCCAAGCUUCUUCUCAUCAUGCUCACCAUUCCGGCGAUAUCGUCUUCAUCCUCCUCCUCGCUCCACCUCCUCCGGCGAAACCCUAGAUCUAGGGUUUCCAAUAUCUUCUGCUCCUCUGCAUCCUCGCAUGAAUCGCCGCCCCAAUCUGAGCACCGGCCAAGAGGAGGCCACGCCGGGCUUCGCCUUGACGAGACGGUCGAGGCCGGAUCAGGGAGGUCACGUCUUGAUUCCUGGAUCUCUUUCCGAUUCCAUGGCGUUAGCCGAGCUCGCAUUCAGGCCAGCAUUCGUUCCGGCCUCGUCGCCGUCAAUGGCCGUCCUGUCGAGAAGGUUUCGCACAUUGUCAGAGAUGGAGAUAGAGUUUGUUGCACGGUUUCUGAGCUGCAGCCUUUGAGGGCUGAGCCUGAGGACAUACCUCUGGACAUAGUGUAUGAAGAUUCUCAUGUUCUUGUUGUGAAUAAACCUGCACACAUGGUAGUUCACCCUGCACCUGGAAAUGCUAAUGGAACACUUGUGAAUGCUAUUCUUCAUCAUUGUAGGCUACCAACAAUGUCAUGCACACCACAUAACAGCUCUUCUGAAGUACAAGAGUUCUCUGAGUUGUCUGAAGAUGAGCUUGAUGAUUUCAAUGUUGAGCCAAGUUCUGCAGUAGACAUUAGUUCGAGCAACUAUGAUGCACAUAUUCGUCCAGGGAUUGUGCACAGAUUGGACAAAGGAACUAGUGGUCUGCUUGUUGUAGCCAAGGAUGAGGAAUCCCAUGCGCAUCUAGCAGAACAGUUUAAGUCACAUACCAUUCAUCGAGUAUAUAUCAGUCUUACUUCUGGAGUUCCUUCCCCAAGUUCUGGACGAAUUGAGGUUCCUAUAGCUCGUGACCCUAAUAAUAGGGUUCGAAUGGCUGCUGUUGCCGGCUCAAUUAACAGUAAACAUGUGCGCUAUGCUGCUAGUAGGUAUAAAGUACUUGAGGUUCUUGCCAAUGGUGGUUCUGCGUUAGUCCAGUGGAGAUUAGAAACAGGCCGCACUCAUCAGAUUCGCGCGCAUGCGAAGUAUCUAGGAAUUCCUCUAUUAGGAGAUGAAGUGUAUGGAGGAACUAAAAGCAUGGCACUUUCAUUACUCAAACCGAGGACUCCUUCAAGCUGCCAUGGCUAUCUUUCUCACAUGAUAUCAAACCUAGAUCGGCCUUGCUUACACGCGCUAUCACUUGGAUUCAAGCAUCCUCAUACCGGCGAGCAAGUUCAGUUCUCAUGCCAUCCUCCUGCUGAUUUCUCUGAUGCAUUGUCUCUUCUUCGGAAUAUCAACAAUGUAAGUUCCAAUAAUGGUGAGAUUUAUGUGGAAAAUGUUUCAUCAAUUUAGUAAUUCAGGGAUUCUUGGGUUGAACCAUAUGAUUUGCUUGCUUGUACUCUUUGUAUUAAUUUAU